UCUGAGUUUCAGUUUUUCAAAUCCCAGCUGGUCUGCAGAGUAGUCUACUGUAACUUAUAAUGUGCUGACAUGAGUCUUGACAUAAACUGUUUGGAUUUGAGCAACGGACUCGAGGAUGUUCCUGUUUCUGUCAGGAGGAUUUCAGCCACAGGGACUCGUCCUGAAUUUGUGUAUUCCCCAGAUAAUGUUCAGGGACCAGGAUGCACUUUGGACCCCAGUGAAGUCUCCCUUCCAGGAUGCUCCUGUCUUUCCCACUUGUGUGUUCCGGAGAGCUGCUCCUGCCUGCAGACACAUGGACCAGCAUAUGACACUACAGGCACACUGCUGAACCUAAGCGGCUCCGACUCUGGUUACUGCUCACCAGUGUUUGAGUGUAACGCCCUUUGUACCUGCAGUGAUGCAUGCUCCAACCGGGUGGUUCAGAAGGGGUUAAGGCUCAGGUUAGAGGUUUACUGCACAAAGAACAUGGGCUGGGGAGUACAGACACUUGAGGCGAUCCCAAAAGGGACUUUUGUGUGUGAGUAUGCAGGAGAGGUGAUAAGCUUUGAAGAGGCCAGACGUAGACAGCUUGCUCAGAGGUCUGCAGAAAAUAACUACAUUAUUGCAGUGAGGGAGCAUGCUGGUACAGGAUCCAUCAGUGAGACGUUUGUGGACCCAGCAAUGGUGGGAAAUGUCGGUCGCUUUCUCAACCACUCCUGCCGGCCGAACCUUUUCAUGCAGCCAGUGCGUGUGCACUCUGUGGUACCUAGACUGGCUCUGUUUGCAGCUCGGAACAUUGAUGCACAAGAGGAGCUGAUGUUCGACUACUCUGGAGGAUAUAGUAACCAACCUCCUGCAGAGCUGCUGCCUACAAACAGUGAGAAUGGAUUACAGGCCAAAGGGAUAGGCGGACUCCAGAGAAAACAGUGCCACUGUGGUGCCGAUAACUGUGUUCAGUUUCUUCCACUGGAUUUAUCCAUUCUCAACUGAAAGAUAAGAAAAUUAAAUGUAUUUUUCUGAUUUUCAAGAGACCAUUAUAUUUCUGAAAAAUGGAAGCCUAGUACAAUUUUCACAUAUUGUACGUUAUUUUAAAAGGUCUUCUUACAUUUCUUGACAACUGAAUUGUUCCCUUCACAACAUCUGCUGGAUUAGCCAUGUCUGUGGCCAUCAUUGUUUCCUAUUUUGUUCCCCCUUGAGGUCACCUGAUCUGCAGCUGUCUCCCACUCAAUGAAAGGAAUACAAUGAGAGUGAAAUCCAAAAGCUUGGAAAAACAGUUUUUUUUCUUUACCUAACACAAUUGUUGUGAAUCCUGGGGAGGAUUUUGCACAACGUAUUUGACAUACAUUGUAGAAAACAUCAAGCAUCACGGUAUGCUUGAUUUGUGUAGGACACCAGAUUGUAUAUCUCUUAACUGUCAUCUUGUCGUGGAACAAUGGAAUUCAGAUUUUCACAAACACAACAAUUGAGAAGCAGAAGUAUCAGUUACGCUGACAGAGAGAGGAGAACUUAAAAUAACAGAUCUACUAUUUACAGUUGGAAUAUUUUGCAUAACCCAUAUCGGUCAAAAUAAAACAUCAGAAUUCCCAGUUAAAGUUAUAGCUGUAAUGUGUUUACCAUCAACUUGUCGUUUCUUUCCUGUCUUCAUGCAUCACCAAGUAGAUAUUCUCAGUUUCUCAUGACACUCAAGCCUCAAGAGAGGUGGGACCAAUUAAAAAAGGGCCAGGGGGUGUGUUUUAUAUAGAAACAGACUUAUUCCCCUGUCAGAGGAGGGGUGAAGGUGUCCCACUUUAGUGUGACCAUUUCGAAAUCAGGACCUUCUCCUUUCAAUCUGCCCCCUUUCUCGUCUAGACCUGCUUUCAUCUUAUUAAUACCCACAUCUGGGUUAAUUAGGAUGGAGACCGUUUUUCAUCUAGAAAUGGGACCAGCCACACAAGGGCUGAGAGAGACUAAAUGGGGGUGGGGAUGGAAGCCCUCUGUUGAUCGGAGACCGCUGUCAGGUUGCCUAGUUUUUGUGUCACCCAGAUGAAAGGCGAAUGUUGUUUAUUAGUAAAAGAAAAAGAAAAACGUGGCUUCAUGACAUGAGGUGUUUUGUCACAUGGUUGUUAUCUGUUCAAAAACCACAUUGUGAUGUUUUUUUACGAUAUGUUUUUGUAGAGGAAGAAGUGGCACCGUAGUUAUUGGUGAGUGAAUUUUGUUACAUUGAGAUAUUAUUCGCAUCGCUUCAUCCUGUCUCAAAUACUCACCUUAGCUAACAAGAAGCUGUGUGUGUUAAACUUGCACACUUGAGCGUCGUAUUGAUCUUUCAUAUAAAUUUGUGCAAAACAUCUUUCAAAUAUUCUGCCAUUAUGUCAAACUUGUUUUAAACUUGCACUAAGCGCACUAAAAAAAAGCAGUUGUAAAGUCAUUGCACACAUAACGCAGUGGUACAAUCCAUAUGAGUGGAUUAAGUCAAAUGUAGGUUUCUGAUAUAACUUUAGUCUAAUUGUGAGAACAGAAUUGCUGAUUUAUAUUUAGGCUGAAGCAUAGUUGCUAGGAAAUGGUGUAUUUGUAAGAAAUACUGUACUGCCAUGGUGAGGUUAGGGCUGGAUGUUCGCUGUGUCUAUGACCUUGGAGAAAACUAGGACAGGAAGGGAAAAGGACUCCAUGCAUUGCUCAAACCAAAGAAAAAAAUUGUGUGGAAAGUUCUGUGCCAAGGCUUUCUUAUCUCAUCAGCUAAAGCACGUGUUGUCUAGUAUUUCACCUCUGCAGAUUGUAGAACAAAUUGAAUUAGAGAACGAGUUCUCUCAACUUAAGGCCAACUUUUAGUUGAUAAACAAGAUGCCAUUGUCCUUUUACUACAAGUAAUAAAAAAAUGCAUCUCCAUUGAAAUGCAUGACUCAUGUCAUUCAUGAGUCAGAUGUCCCUGGAAUCCCUAUGGCAACAGGCUAUGUCUACAGGAGGUGAUACGGACAGCAGUGGCUGGCUCUGAGGUGCAGGAAAGCUGUUCUUCUAUCCUGCCUCAUGAAUGCUGGGCUGCAAAUCAGUGGCUCCUUUCCAGGAUAGUCACCUAGCAACCACCAGUUAAUCACAUGAGGUGAACUUCCCCACCAAACCCCCUCCACACCCCCUCCCUACAAAAACAAACAUAUCAAGUAGUGCUUAAGAUGAAGUAGCCCGGUAUGAUCGGGUUUUAUAAAUAUCAAGAGGCUGUAAAUAUUACUCUCAAGAAAAUGAAUGGAGUCGCGUUUGUUUCUUACUCCACAAUACAGUGCACAAAAUGAUCCCAACAAAGUCCUUAACUCAAAAACAUGGAGGAUAAACAAUUAGCUUUUAUGCUGUAACUGCAACUUUCGGCUGCUACUUUUCUUUAGCCUUCUGACACUUUUACCUAACAUGUCACAUUCACCCAUUGUGUGUGAAUGCAGAGGCUGCUACAUACACAAGUGUUAUUACACAUGUGUCAGUCCUGCUACACUUCAGCAUUUGACUGCAGGAGCUUGGGAUCAAACCCCCAACCUUCUGGUAGAGAGAUGACCGACUCUAGCACUGAGCCAAAGCCAAAUAUAACUUGAAAGGACAAACAGAAUCAAUCUAAAUUUGUCAGAGCCAUGCAUUGCAUUGAUACAUAAACAGGACACUUUUUCAGUGUGAGUGAUCAGUGAGAAACCACAACUGGCAGUCCAUUUGUUCAAAAAUGGAACACAUCUCUGAUGAGGGACCAGAUGUCCUUGCCUCAAAUCCUGCAGCCAAAUGCAUAAAUAAAAGACUCAAACUAUCUGAUUGGCCUCAUGUGCUUUUCAAAUUUCUAUAUUCUAAGUUUAAUUAUACUGCAUAUUUGUUUCUCAUUUACUUUGGUUCAAUUCUCAAAUAAGAAUUAAUUAAUUAUUUAAAGACAUGUUUUGGUACAUGUAUGCUAUAUAUUCAAUGAUGGUGUACACGUAUAUUCUAUACAUAUCCAUAAUAUGGGAUGUUUGUGGUGUCUGAAAAAUGGCAAACAAGCUGCCAGAUGAACGCAAUUAACAAGGAAUUUUGUCGCAAAUUUUAUGUUUAUGACUUUAUGAAAGACCAAAGGUGAAUUUUGAAUAGGCCUACAAUAAUAAGCAUACAUACGGUAUACUGAUCUUUAUGUUUAUAGGCUACGGCUGUAUUUUACAGAAUUGUCUAAAGUUGAAAUCUGAAUCUAAAAAGCUCAGUAUGAUACAGUACAAAGUAGCAUUCAGCAGGUUGAAUGUAUGCAGUCAGUGUCAACAAAAAUGUUGAAUAAAUAUUUGAGAAUUUUACAUGACAAACUUUUUAAGGCUUGACUGACAUGGUCACAAAAACAUCAAAGAGAUGUUCUCAACAUUUUGACCAGCACAGCUCACAUUAUGCAACCAGAAUGAAAUGUUGUGGUUGAAUUAUGACCUUUUGCAGACAUGCAGUUUUGAUUUGUUGAGUUGUGACAAUUGUAUUUAGAGUACAGUUUUCCUGUUUUACUUGUAUUGACCAUCAACAGAUCAAACAGCAUGGGUUUAAUUAAUUUUUGAACCUGAACGUAAAUAAGUUGGCAAGUCGCUCCACACGUUGCUUUAACAUCUGGCUUAAAAAGGUGAGCUCUCUGUUCUUAAAACUGAAAUUGAAGACGCUAGCUUACCAUAUUGUUCAUCAACUAUAGACUAGAUCAGAUUUUUCACUGUAUCCUGAUUUGCAGUGGAAUUAGUGUUAGAGGAAGAAAAUUGCAACAGUGCUUUUUAAAUGAGGUCCUACGACGGAGUAUUAGGGCCACAUUAAAGAAAAUAAAUUCUAAAAUUGCAAGAUUAAAGUCGCAAAUUUAAGAGAUUAAAUUAAAUACAUUUAUUAAAAUGAAGUCACGAUAUUACAUUCAAAAUCCUUUUAUAUAUGGUUAUAAUUAUUAUUUUGAUAGGUUGUAUCAGAAGAGCAGCCACCCACCUGCACUAAAGUGAUGAAAGGGUGAACCCUCAAAGCCAUUUCCUCUGCCACAGAAGAGACAGUUUCCUCUAAGUCACUGUGGUUCUUUCUCGGAAAGAACUGUUGUUUUAAAGCGGGUCAUUCCACAGAGAGAUAAUGCUCAAUCUGUGUUACAGGCUACACAAUAAUAAUAAAAAAAAGAUGCUCCAUGGUCCUCAUAUUCAAACAGGCGGCUGCUGCUUUCCUGAUAUUACUAUAGACUAAAAUAAUGACUUUAAUCUUGUAAAUGUAUAACUUCAUUCUCGUAAAUGUAUGACUUUAAUCACAUAAUCAACAAAUUAUUUCCCCCUUAAUUUGGCUCUAAUACUUCAUCGUAAGGUCCUCCCAUCAUGGAUGUGAAGAUAUAAUUGAUCCAGGACCCCUGCAGCAUGCUCAGCUGGCACUUCUGGAGCCCAAGAAGCACAAGCCACCACAGCUGCUCUCACUUACCCAGCUUUAACACACUGACUCAAUCACACUGGCACACCAUAUGAAAAAGAUGUUUUUGAGAGAUCAUGUUUAACCUUUAGGCUCAGAGGUGGUUCAGUGGGUUUGAAAAUCAAUAAUCUCUAAAAUGUUAUCAAAAUAUGAAGUUUCAUCAUUAUGUUACAAAAUUAAAAUGUAAAAAUAUAAUCCUAGCCCCCCAGGAGCCACACAUAAAAAGAUGUAUUUCUUUAAAAAUUGUUAUUAAAAUCUUAAUAUUAAUAAAAUCUUAUCAGAAUAUGCCUACACACACACUUGUUCCUACCAAAAGACCUUUGUAUAAAUCCCGCCCCCCCCACCCCAAGAUCUCUGACGCCCCCUAGGGGGUUGGAACUGGUGUGUUGCCUCUAGGCAACGUAACCUGUUUUAGCUUUUAAAAAUGAAAUGAGACGCCCAUUUAAUUGUUAAAUGCUAUCUCGGGAGAGGGGAAGUCAUAUAAUAACCAAUGAUGAUGCAAAAAACUGCUCACAUGACCCACAGGGUUUCAUUUGGCCUCCUUUUUCACUUUUUAAACACAUGUGCAAUAUGGGUAAUGUGCAAUUCAUGUUGUGUUGUUCUGUAUUGGUAUGUGCCUUUUUGUAUGUGUGGAUGUGGUUUUUCUGUUUUUAGUUAUUGAUUUGAGUUGAAGCAUCUGAAUGUUUGGCAGCACUUUGAGUACAAAACAAAUUUCCCCAAGGGGACAAUAAAGUCUAUCACAUCGUAUCGCAUAGUAUAUAGGCCCACAUGUCACACAGUCCCAUAUUUUCUCUAAUUAAAAGGGCAUUUUCCCCUUAUUUUAGUCUAAUUUAGUUUAAUUUAUAAUUAAAGAAAUAUAUAUUAUAAAAACUUAAAGAGACCAAUGGAUCAUAGAAUAUGGCACAAAACUUCAUGUUACCCUAAGGCAACAUUGUACUGAAAUGGAAUUGCAUAAGGCCAUACAGAAUAUAUAAUUCACAUACUUUAUCUACAGUGCACAUAUUGCGAUUUCAUGCAGGAGAUGAAUCUGCACUUACUCUAUGGCACAUAAAAAAUGUAUAAAGCACAAGUGGCCAUGCCAGUUGAGAUGAGGAUGAGGUGUCAUAUAAUGGAGAGAGAGGGUAGAUAUGAGGAUGAGAUGGAAGAACAAUAAUGGUAGGAAAUCAAUGGGAAAAAGAUAAGAGGUUACUGGCCUGUUUGGGUUGAAAGGUUGAUUAGGCAUUGUAAAAAUGCAGUGCUCAGAAUGCACAACCUACCUAGAUUUUGUGUGUAUGUGCUUGUGUAUAUGCGUAUGUCCUUGUGCGUAUAUAUGUACUUGAUUAAUGUGGACUGAGUAAUGCAUUAAAAACAAGAUAAAAAUGUUUGUUCAAAUGUUGUGGUCAAAGAAUAAACAUUCAAUAAACAUUCUGCAAGAAAA